AGAUGUUUUUCACAGCCUCUCAGGAACCAGUUGGCAAAAGAGGCCAACAUCAAUAUGCACAACUUCCCUUCGUUUAGCAAGGUGGCCCUAGCCCUGGAAGCAAAGAUAGGGCAUGGACAGGCACCCACUACGGAAGGGAGAAAGAAGACACUGCCUCCCAACUGGAAGGCGAAAGGUCGCAUCAUGUUUGUCGACAACGAUGGAUCAACCAUCGAGUUGGACGGCAACUUCCAGGAGGGAGUAGGUGCAGAGGCGGGUGGCGAAACUUCAGAGGGAGGAGUAGUCGCCGCCGUAACCCAGCAAAAAGGUAAAGGGACCGGUACACGCCCUAGGGGAUCCCGGUCGAAGAGUCAAACAGACCCCAAUGCUCCUCCAUGGGAGAAAGCGGGUCUAUCUGAGGACGUCUGGAGAGAUCGGUGGGCACGGCAAGCUUGUAUCAAGUGUGGCCAAUAUGGUCAUAGCAUGUACAAGUGCCGCAACAGGAAGGUCACCGAGAAGAUCCCGCCCACUAUGGGGCCGGCGAUCAACGGUGAGAAAUGCGAGUUUGGCCGCACCCGUAUCUUGUACUUGGGUCAUGAGAUCUCCGCGGAAGGGCUGAAGCCCGAUGACGCGAAGGUGGCCAGCAUUCGUGAUUGGCCACGUCCUCAGUCUGUGACUGAGAUGAGAUCUUUCUUAGGAAUGACAGGCUACUAUAGGACUUUCGUUAAGAACUACAGCAUAGUGGCCGCUCCUUUGACUGAUCUCACACGCCUUGACACCCCUUGGGAGUGGACAGAUAAGUGCAAGGCUGCUUUCAGACAUCUGAAGCAUGCAUUGACGCACUAUGAAGUCUUGAAACUUCCUGAUCCUGAGAAGCCGUUUAUAAUCACAACGGAUGCCAGCCAAUAUGGCAUUGGCGCCGUGCUUGCGCAGCAGGAUGGGCCAAAGUUGAGGCCAGUAGAGUACAUGUCCAAGAAAAUGUCGUCUCAGAAGUUGGCUAAGUCCACUUAUGAGAAGGAACUCUAUGGGGUGUACAAGGCUCUCACCCAUUGGAGACACUACCUCCUUGGGCGGUUCUUCAUCCUCCGGACUGAUCAUCAAACCCCGAGAUGGAUGAGAAUACAGUCGGUACUCUCCGACGCUCUCAAGCGUUGGAUCGAAGUCAUUGAGCAAUAUGACUUUGAUCCUCAGUAUCUAAAAGGGGAGUACAACAAGGUUGCUGAUGCCUUGUCGCGCAGACCAGACUUCUCAGGAGCGCUGAUUACUGAGUUCGAUCUGACGGACAAUGUGACUCAGUCUUUGGUGGAAGCCUAUCGUCAGGACCAGUUUAUGUCUGAGAUUAUACGCAGACUUGAGGCGAAGGAUAAGAAGACCUCUGCCGAGUUUGAGUUGCUGUACGUGGAAACUUGUCAAGUUUGCCAAAGAGACAAGCCCCGUACUCAGACUCCUCUUGGGCUGCUCAAGCCCCUUCCGAUUCCGGAAAGGCCGGGUGAAAGUUUGUCCAUGGACUUCAUGGAUACGCUGGUCACCAGCAAGAGUGGGAUGAGACAAAUCUUUGUCAUCGUGGAUAGGUUUAGUAAGUUUGCUAGAUUAAUAGCUAUGCCGGAAAGAGCGAAGACCGAGUAUGUGAUCAGGCUAUUUAAAGAGAACUGGGUUAGAGACUUUGGACUGCCGAAGUCUAUAGUCAGUGACAGGGACGUCAGGUUCAUGAGUGAAUUGUGGAAGGCCGCUGCAACUGAACAAGGAACUCAACUGCAGAUGACCUCUGGAAAUCAUCCAGAAGCUAAUGGCCAGGCUGAACAAAUGAACCGGGCUGUGCAACACCUGUUGAGGCACUACAUCAAGCCCAACCAGGUAAACUGGAACGAAAAACUUGCCCUAGUCGCCAGUCUAUAUAACAACGCUGUACACAGUGCUACCGGGGUGAGUCCUAACAGUCUACAACUGAUGUUCAAGCCUAGACUGCCCUUAGACUUCCUACUUCCCGACAACCAGCCAACUGCUACACUGGGCACUUUGGAGUUUGCCUAUAGAUAUGAACAGAAGAUGCAGGAGGCUGUAGAAAACAUGCAGAAGGCGCAGGCAGCAAUGAUAGAGUCUGAGAAUAGACACCGCUGCCCUUCUACAUUUCAGGUUGGGGACAGAGUCUGGGUUAAGUCUUCAGAACUGGGACAGGAGUUCGGGAUAUCCCGCAAACUCAUGCCUCAGUACUUCGGACCUUGGGAAGUUCUAGAUGUAGUAGGGACAGAUCCUGAUGGUCCAUCAUAUGUCAUCCGUAUCCCUGGUCAUCUCAGAACUCACCCUAUCUUUCACGCCUCUAAGCUCGCUGCGUUCGAGGAAACUGAUCAGUUUCCCUCCCGUCGGUCAAUGCUGCCCCCAACCAUGGACGGAGAAGUCGACAUCGAUGAUAUCAUUGACCACAGGGAGAUGCCCGUUCAGAAGCCUCCAGGAAGGGGACAUCCUCCAAAGCCAAAACUGCAGUUUCGUGUCCACUUCAGACAUCACACGGAUCCGAAAGAGGACCGCUGGUUUACUCGGGAGCAAUUGAUGCAGACCGCUCCUCAAAUCCUUGCCCGCUAUGAGAAGGAUGUAUUGAAAGGAAAGUGCCAGAUGGCUCAGGAUUGAUCUUCCCAGAGGACUGACGAAGAUAUGGAGGAGGGAAUGCGAGGCUACGCCCGCUUAGCCCCUACGGGGCCCUAUUUGCAGCAAGGUCGGCCGCCCUAAGUGAAGGCAGGCACGACAGGCCCUUCAGGCCUCGUUUUUCAGGGUACCCCRMAUUGGGGARAAWUCAGGCAGUUGCGCAGCGCCAGUUGGUUGAAUGAACCCAGGCCCUGGGC